AUGGCUAACACAAUUUAUCACAACUUUCAGAGACAAGUAUCACAACAAGAAUGCUUUGCUGAGUUACUGUCUGUUUUCGGCAACAAAGCGCCUCAUCAGUCGACAAUUUCCCGUUGGUAUGGAGAAUUCAAACGUGGACGGAUGAGUCUUAGCGACGAUCCUAGGGUGGGUGCAUCAAAAACGGCAGUUACCGAGGAAAAAGUCGAUGCUGUGCGCAAACUCAUCAUUGAAGAUAGACAUGUGAUAUAUCGCGAAAUUGAGGCGUCCUUGCACAUCUCAAAGAUCUCAAUUCAAAAAAUUAAGCAGAAAGCAGCCAGGGUUAAUUGGUGUCAAAAAGCGCUUGACCGUUUCAAUUCCGGAAACUCAAAAAAUGUGUACAGCAUUGUUAGUGGUGAAAUUUCUACUGUUUGGGUGUUCCAAGGUGAAGAAAAUCCAACAAAAGUCAUCCGUUCUCGAAGUGUUUCGAAAAAGAUGGAAAGAACUGUUACUGCGGAUUGGUAUACCAUCAUUUGUUUGCCAAAAGUCAUCACCGAGCUUCGAAAAAUCAACCUCGAAAGAAGAAUCAUCCUCCACCAAGACAAUGCAAGCUCGCACACAGCCCAAAAAACAAGCCAGUAUUUAACGGAUGAAAACGUGGAAUUAUUGGACCAUCCUCCAUAUAGUCCCAAUCUAAGUCCUAACGAUUUCUUUACUUUCCCGAAAAUUAUAAACAGACUGCGCGGUCAAAGGUUCCAGUCACCAGAAGAAGCAGUUGACGCAUUCAAAAAUGCCGUUUUGGAUCUGCCAGCAAACGAGUGGAAUAAGUGCUUCGAAAAUUGGUUAGAGCGCAUGCAGAUGUGUAUUAAUCUUCGUGGAGAAUACAUCGAAAAACAAUAAAGUUAUUUAAAACUACCUACCGUGUUGUUUUAUUUCCAUAUGCAAAACUUAAAAGACAUACCUCGUA